AAGUUAUCCAUCAGCUCAUCCGUGCCAUAGAGAAGCAGACCAGACUCACCAGAGGGAGGAGAGAGGAAAGGGACAGAAGAACAGGAGGAGGAAGGAUGGCGUAUGAUGUGACGGUGAAGGCAAUGCUGGGGGCGUUGGAGCGGAAUUUGCUGCCGGACAUUGUGAUAAGGAGGCUCACGCGGUUGCUGCUGUCGAGCCGCCUGCGGUUGGGAUACAAGCCCACCGCCGAGCAGCAGCUCUCCGACCUCCUUCAGUUCGUGCACUCUCUUAAGCAGAUGCCCAUAGCAGUGGAGACUGAGAAGCCAAAAUCACAACAUUAUGAGCUGCCUACUUCUUUUUUCAAGUUAGUGUUGGGUGAGAAUAUGAAAUAUAGCUCCUGUUACUUCAGAAAUAAUUCUGAUACGUUGGAGGAAGCUGAGAGGGCAAUGUUAGAUAUAUACUGCGAGAGAGCAGAUAUAAAGGAUGGGCAGACCAUUCUGGAUAUUGGAUGUGGCUGGGGAUCCUUUUCUGUACAUAUUGCCCAGAAAUACAGUAAUUGCCGCGUAACUGGAAUUUGUAAUUCAACAACACAAAAGGAGUUUAUAGAGGAACGAUGCAGAAAUCUCAAGCUCUCCAAUGUUGAGAUUAUAGCAGCUGAUAUCAGUAAAUUCGAAAUGGACAUGACUUUUGACAGAAUAAUUUCCAUUGAAAUGUUUGAGCACAUGAAAAACUAUCAGGAACUUCUGAAGAAAAUAUCCAAAUGGAUGAAUGACGAGAGCCUUCUUUUCAUUCAUUACUUCUGUCAUAAAGCGUUCACCUAUCACUUUGAGGACAAGAAUGAUGACGAUUGGAUAACAAGAUACUUUUUCACUGGUGGUACAAUGCCUUCUGCUAAUUUACUUCUUUAUUUCCAGGAUCAUGUUUCCAUUGUCAACCACUGGCUUGUGAACGGGAAGCAUUAUGCUCAGACAAGUGAAGAAUGGCUGAAGAGGAUGGAUGCGAAUGCUGCAGAAAUAAAGCCAAUAAUGGAGUCCACCUAUGGAAAGGACUCUGCGACUAAGUGGACUGUUUAUUGGCGAACCUUCUUCAUCUCAGUAGCAGAGCUGUUCGGCUACAACAAUGGAGACGAAUGGAUGGUUGCACACUUUUUGUUUAAAAAGAAAUGAAUGAGAAAGCGAGUCUGGUUGUACUGCGAUCGAUGUCUUUUUAAAAUAUGUCAAAUCAAUCAUAAUGUCGGUUCUGUCAGGACGUGAAAGUUUGGCUGACAUUCUUAUGUUUUGUUUUUUUUUUCCAUGAAUGAUCAAGGGUUCAAAGAGUCCUUCCCAUUGCGGUAUUCUGGUUCACUCUUGAUUUACAUAAAAAAAGUUAAAAACUGUUAAAUCAUGCCUAACAUCAUAUAUUUACUAUUUUUUUCCUUGUUAAA